UGUUUUAUUUUCUAUUUUUAUAACCUUACGUUCUAGUUUAUUGUUAAUAAUAAUAACAUUGAAGGGGUGGGGUAGUCAAUUCAUGCAUGCCGCGCCCAUUGCCCAAUAACAAAAUGGCAGUAGCUGAAAGUCGUGAUUGGGAUGCUUAUUUUGCUGCAGUAGCUAGUUUUUUAAUCGAAAGUGAACGUCAGUACGGUGUUUGUAAUGAUCAAUAUACAAAUUAUGCUUUGGAGCAGUUAGAAUUCCUUCAAGUAACUUGCCGCACUCUCAUCAGGGUCGUUUCUCAGCAAACUCUCGGAACUAUUUCUGCAUUGCUUCUUGAUCUACUAUCCUGUUUGACUACAUUGAGAUCAAGAUGGCAAUCAUACUCUGAUACCAUUACUACUCACCAAACAAGGAUUUUCAGACCACUUUUAUAUUCAGGAAUGCCAGGAAGACCACGAUUCGAUGUUAGCAGAGAUGAGAUUGAAUAUUUGAGGUCGCUUUUUUUUAGCUGGAGUGAGAUUGCUGCUCUAAUUGGUAUUUCAAGGUCUACUUUAUACAGACGUAGGGUGGAGCUAGAUCUAAUUAAUGAUCCAACAUCCCAUUUAAAUGAUACCGAGUUAGCAUCAUUUGUUGCUGAAAUGCAGUUAACGUCACCAAACAUUGGUCAGUCACUAGUAAUAGGCAAAUUGCGAUCAUUGGGUUAUAGAGUGUCAAGGGAGAGGGUUCGUAAUACUCUAAGACUUAAUAAUCCUCUGACGAGUGCUCUUAGAUGGCCAGGAAUAAUGACACACAGACGCCCAUACUCAGUACCAGGGCCGAAUUCAUUAUGGCACAUUGAUGGCCAUCACAAAUUAAUACGCUGGAGAUUUGUAACCCAUGCUGGAAUUGAUGGAUUUAGUAGGAUGAUUGUUUAUUUGAAAUGCUCAACCAACAAUUAUGCAAGUACUGUUUUAGAGGAGUUUAUGAAGGCUACAGAGAAGUUUAACUUGCCAUCUAGAGUUCGCUCUGACCAAGGUACUGAGAAUGUACUAGUUGCACAAUGUAUGCUAGAAAACAGAGGGGUUGAUCGAGGAAGCAUUAUAACUGGGCCCUCUGUCCAUAAUCAGAGGAUAGAGAGACUGUGGAGGGAUGUUUUCAGUGGAGUUAUAAAAACUUUUUAUAGAUUAUUUUAUUAUUUAGAGGAGCAGCACAUGUUGGACCCAAUGAAUGAGCACCAUUUAUUUUCACUCCACUAUGUAUAUUUGCCUAGAAUUAAUAGAGCUCUUAGUGAGUUCCGAGAAUCAUGGAAUCAUCAUGAAAUUCGUACAGCCAACCACAAAUCCCCACACCAACUUUUUGUCUCUGGGAUGAUACUUCUUCGGCAUACCCGACAAGUUGCUAUCGACUUCUUUAAUAAUGUCAACGAUUUAUAUGGCAUAGAUGAAGAUGAACCUGAACCAAUUCAGGAUGGAAAUAUUGCAGUACCUAGAGUGAAUUUUACUUCAUCUCCACAUACCAUGCAACAAUUACAUACACUUGUUGACCCUUUGCAAGCAUCUGAGUCAUAUGGCAUUGACCUUUAUGAACAAACUCUAGCAUUCAUUGAACAAAAUGUUUGACUUAUUUUCACAUUGAAUAGUAAUUAUGGUAAACUGAAUUUCAUUGAAUGUUCAAAAAUAUAAUAUUAAAAUUUAAA